AUGUCGGCUCCCCGGGCAUCGACCGAUGAAGAAUCGGCGCCCCUUCUCCAGGGCACCGAUCACGCCUCCUCCCGGACCGACCGCAACUUCUUCUCCGCCCUUACUCACCCCACUCGACAACUCACCAAUCUCGAAAAGGUCCUGGCGGCAGGUGGAGUUGCACUCCUCAUUCUUGCCGGAACGUUCAUCGGUCUCUUUACCGGUGCGGAAGUAGCGCUGGGUAAGGAGCGAGCAAAGGGAGGUGGAAAGACGGAAUGGCGGACUGCUACCGAGACAAGGACAGUCGGAGGGGCGACGACCGUCACGGCUACUACGACUGCUCCUGGCAGUACUGUUACUGCGGUGCCGACAGGCAAGCCUGCUGCGGACGUUUGUCUCACUGCGGAAUGCGUGCAACUGGCUGCAUCCAUCAUCGAAUCGCUCAAUACUACGGUUGACCCUUGUGAAGACUUCUACGAAUUCGCCAAUGGCGGCUGGAUCUCCUCCCAUGACAUUCCUGCCGACCGAGGUCUCUACGGCGCGUUCCAUGCUGUCGCCGACCGGAACAAGCAGAUCAUCCUCAAAGUGCUCAACUCCAUUCCGUCCACUUCCGACUCUUCUGUGGCGGAUGCGGACACAGCGAACCGGCACAAGCUCAAGGCGGCGUACGACAGCUGUCUGGAUGUCGAAACGCUGAACGAGGUGGGCAUGAAGCCCUUGGUCCCGCUCGUGGAGUAUGUCAUUGACAAAUUUGGCGCUUUUGACGUCAAGUACUCCAAGGACGAGGAGUCAAUCUCAUGGUCGGAUGUACAGGACUGGGAGGGGACGUAUGGGAAGGGAUAUCAGGUUCCGGAGAGGCUGGCGGGUGAGGGCGAGAGAGCGAACGAGUUGCGGGUGGCAAAGAAGGAGGGGAGGGUGGUUGGCGGUGAGGCGGCCGACAAGCCUGCUGGGCUGGAGGUGGAUAUGGAGGUUUCCAAGCGCAAGAAAGAUGGCGAGAGGCAGACUCGGAUUACCGAGACUCUGGCUUUCUUGCAUUCUAGAGGCGUCGAUGCCCUGGUCGGCUUCAACAUCGAGGGUGACGCUGGCGGAGAAGACUCUCAGAUCCAGUCUCUCUGGCUAUACCAGACCUUCGGCACCCUCCCCUCCAAGGAAUACUACGAAGAGAAGCCUAUUCUCGACCUCUACCAAUCCGCCAUCGCCGGUAUCCUCACUUCCAUCGCUGAGCACACCGGCUCUCAAUCUAACUCGGAGAAGCGGGACUACGCCGACGACGUCGCCGAAGUAUUCGAAGUCGCAGGCUGGCCCUGGCCUUGGCCCGGAGACGACAAGCCUGACGACAAGCCCAAGCCCCCGCCUAAGCAGGACGAUCCCCUUUCGGAACGGAUGUACCGCCUCGCCGCCAAAGUGGUCGCUUUCGAACGAGACCUCGUCCGUGCCGGCGCGGACCUCGAAUACCUCUUCAACCCGCACUACGCCUACAACCCCUACCCUACUUCCAAAGUCGACAAGGCACUCUCGUUCCUCGAUGUCCGCACGUAUCUUUCAACCUACGCACCCCGGACCUUCCCAGCGAAUAUCACAGUCACGUACCCGCCGUACCUCAAGGCCGUGUCCAAGAUUGUCGAUCAGACGCCUGACCAUGUUCUGGCGGGAUACUUCGUGUCGCGGGUGGCGGUGACGUUUGCGGAUGUCCUCGGACCCAAGGUGGAGGUGAGGAAAGAGAUGCGGAGGCUGCAGGAGGUGCUUAAGGGUAUCAAGAAGGGGACGGAGGAGAACCGGGUGGAUCUCUGCUUGAACUAUGUCGAUGGAAUCGUGGGCUUUAUCGCAGGGAGGGAGUUCGUCAAGGAGGCGUUCUCGCCCGAGGCGAAGAAGGAGGGCGAGGCAAUCAUAAACGACAUUGUCGAUGCGUUCUACAACAAGCUCCCUCAUAUCUCAUGGAUGGACAAGGAAUCCGCCGAGGCCGCGCAAAAGAAGGCCAAAGCCAUCAUUCCCAAAGUGGGCUACCCGCUUACGCCCAACACGACCGACGCGGAGAGUCUGCAGAGGUGGUACGGGCGCACCGAAGUCGAGGGGGAUGACUUCUUUGGGAAUGUGUUGCGGACGACAUUGGCGGAUGUGUCGAGGACGUGGAUGUCACUGGGCAGGCAGCGGGACAGGCAGACUUGGGAGAUGUACCCGCAGACUGUCAACGCGUACUAUUCUCCUCCAGAUGGCGAGAUCGUCUUCCCUGCCGGUAUCCUUCAGCCCCCCUUCUACUCGCAGGAGUGGCCCUCGCACUUGAAAUACGGCGCUUUCGGGGCCGUGGCAGCCCAUGAGCUCACGCACGCAUUCGACAACUCGGGCAGCCAGUAUGACGAGCAGGGCCGGCUCAGACAGUGGUGGACCAACACAACGACCAAGGCCUUCGAGGAGCGCGCUCAGUGUAUCUCCAAGCAGUACAGCAAGUACUUUGUGCUGGAUGGUGAGGGCAAGAAGGUGUUUGUGAAUGGAAACCUCACCAACGGAGAAGACAUCGCCGAUUCCGGCCUCGCCCAGGCUUACAUCGCAUGGAAAGACUCCCUGUCAAUGACGGAAACGGACAAACCCCUCCGCCUCCCCGGUCUCAAUUACACAGAUGAACAGCUCUUCUUUGUCGCAUACGCCCGAGUCUGGGCACAGGUCACUCGGCCGGCAGUAGCAGUCCAGCGGGUCCGGACAGAUCCGCACAGCCCCCCGUACUGGCGCGCUACGGGGACACUGAGGAAUCUCGAGGCGUUCCAUUCUGCUUGGGGUUGCAAAGCGGGGUCAGGGAUGAACCCGCCAAAGAAGGAUCAGUGUGUACUGUGGUGA